AGCAUGUUUUUUUAGGGUAAAUCUAGAUUGCGUGGUCUCGGGGCAUCACCAAUGACCCUCCUGUGUGAAACAACAAUUUUACCCUUGAACAAUCUCUCGAGCAAAGCAUUGCAAAAUUUGAAAAAUAUAAUACUUUUUUUUAAAAACAAAAAUAAUAUAAAAAUAAAAAAGAGCAUACAUUUUCCAAUUUAGGGCAAUUUUUACAUCCUCAGAUGGAGUUUCACAAUCAAAAGCAUCAUCCUAAAAAAAUGCAGUAAUAAAAUAAUUUGCUUUAGGGUGUUCAGAUAUCAGAAUGCAGCUUUUACCCUAGAACAAGCUGCAUGACUCAAAUGGUAGCAGACAAAUGUUGAACAAGUCAAUGAAUGUGGGCACAAACGGAUGUUGCUAAAAGGAACCAGAGCCUAUUUGUGAGCAAACUUGAUUUCUUUAAAGUUUGAAAACAGAGUUUUGAGCAAGAUCUGUGCAUUGUCUGUGAAUGAAGAGAAGAAAUUAUUAGUCAAUAAUGUAUGUAAACCUAAAUUUGUAAGCAUUAGUAUGGGUUUUCUUCCAGAAUGUACGGCUGUCUAAGAGUUUAAAAAUUGUUUAAAUGCAGCCCAGCUCUUCCUCUCCUCCUCCAGCUGGUGUUCAAUGCACAGUAGCACGUGUCUUAGGCUGCCCUGUGGCUGAUCCUGGACAUGCUUUCCACGAACCGCCGUGGAGGUGCGUGGGGGUAAAAUGGACGGAGUCAGUGGCCACACCCAAGGACCAGCUCCCAUGUUCCAACAUGUCCGGCUGCAGCAAGUCUCCUGCCAACUCUGGAGAAGCUGCAGGUUCUAACUCCAUGGCAUGGGUGAAGAAGUUCAAAAAAACCGGAGGAGGCCUGAAGAAGUCCUACCAACCUGGGAGCAUGGUGUCUCUCGCGCUAACUAAAGGUCUGCUGAACGAGCCCGGCCAGAACAGCUGCUUCCUUAACAGCGCUGUUCAGGUGCUUUGGCAGCUGGACAUCUUCAGGAGGAGCUUGAGGCAGCUUUCCGGCCACUUUUGUCUCGGUGAUGCCUGUAUUUUCUGUGCAUUAAAGAGUAUAUUCAACCAGUUCCAGCAGAGCAGAGAGCGAGUCCUGCCCUCUGACAGCCUGCGAAACGCCCUCGCUGAAACCUUUAAGAACGAGCAGCGCUUCCAACUCGGGCUGAUGGACGACGCCGCUGAGUGCUUUGAGAACAUCCUGGAGCGAAUUCAUUUGCACAUAGUUUCAGACACACCAACCGAUGCGUGCUCAUCCAAAUCCUGCAUCACCCAUCAAAAAUUUGCUAUGAUGCUUUACGAACAGUUUGUGUGUCGUUGCUGUGGUGCAUCUUCAGAUCCACACCCGUUCACAGAGUUUGUUCAUUAUGUAUCGACCACGGCUUUAUGUCAACAGGUUGACCGGACACUGGGGAAGAACGAGCGUCUCAGGUCAGACAUGUUUGGGGAACUGCUGCAGGCGGCAAACAGCACCGGUGACCUACGAAGCUGCCCUAGUGACUGUGGACAGAGCAUCAAAAUCCGUCGUGUCCUCAUGAACUGUCCGGAGAUCGUCACUAUUGGAUUUGUGUGGGACGCAGAGCAGUCUGACCUCACGGACGAUGUUAUCAGGUCCCUUGGUCCACGUUUGAACUUGUGCGGGCUUUUCAACCGAGUCACUGAUGAAAACGCCAAACGCAGCGAGCUACAUCUGGUGGGGAUGAUCUGUUUCUCCAGCAAACAUUACUCAGCUUUCGCCUAUCACACCAAAUCUUCAAAAUGGAUGUUUUUUGACGAUGCCACUGUAAAGGAGAUUGGAUCCAAAUGGAAGGAUGUUGCUUCAAAAUGUAUCAGGGGACAUUUUCAACCUCUUCUUUUAUUUUACACCAAUCCUGAAGGGAGUCCAGUUUCUAAUGAAGAUGCUCCAAGACAAACCACUAUGUGCCCUCAUUACAAAGCCCAAGUAAAUGGAGAUGUGACCAUGAAACAUCCUUUUGGCAGCCCUAACAAAUUUCAGGAUCCCUUCAUGGAGAAUCUACAAAGACCAGUGGAAACAUCAAAAAAGGACAGGGUGCAUCGGAGAAUCGAGCCUUCACAACACAAAGACAUGACACAUACAAGAUCUUCAUCUCCCCCAGAGAAUGGGCCCCGGCCUCCUGUAGAGAAAAUAAAGAACUCUCUGCGCUCUGAGAAGUCAUCAAAUCAAAGCAGAGGAUCUCAGGAGCCCCAUGAACAGCUGUGCAGUGCACAGAGUGGGGGACACAUCAGAAAGAUCAACGUUUCCCCAGGACACAAUGAGCAGGAGGGUAGCCACAAACACUGGGAAAAAAGAGGCAGCGGGAGCCAAAAUAGGUCAAAGUCAACUUGGAGACCCAUCAGGGAGGUGCUGAAUGUAGACACGGUGCUGAAUGAACUGGAGCAGCGAAGGCAGCAGCAGCAGGAUAGCCCGCGGUGCAGCAAGCCUUCUUCCCAGGAGAGAGCGCGCACAGAACCAAGCAGAGAGCGCGAACACACAAGAACUAGAGAGGACCGGAAACAGAAAUGCUUAAUGACAAUUUAUGAGGACGAGCAGCGGCACGAGACCGAGAGCCACAGCUCCGUGGAGUCAGAGAGCAGAGCGGGCCAGCAGAGAGGAAGUCGACUAAAGGCCGUUCCCAAGACUCUGCUGCGCAGCGACACCUGGACCAUUCAGAGGACAGAGUCGGGCUAUGAGAGCAGCGACCGACUCAGCAGCGGCUCGACCAAUCCCGACUCACCUGGGGUUGAUGGGUUUGGGCUUAGACCAGAUCAGAGGUUAACACCUGAGAUUCUUUUACAAAGUCAGCUGCAUCAAAAGGAAGUCAAUGCAAAGUCAAAUAUGAUAUCAUCUCUUUCCCACAACGGUAAACAUCCAACAAAACCUCAGGGGAACCACGAUCAAGUUUUACUUUCUCAACUAAAGUUCAGUCCAAGUUCAAGACAGAGAUCAAAACACACAUCUAACACCUCUAGGAAAGCAAAGUGUUCAGAGAAGAGCUCGACUGGUUCAGAAAGUCGGCAGAGUGAGCACCAGGAGCCGACGACCUACAGAGGGCACGGCGGGGAGAACACGACCCCGAGACACAUCACAAAGACCAGCAGCUCCGAGUGGAACAGCUCAGACGAUCUUGUUCUCUCAGAGUCCGAGGACAGAGAAAGCACUUACUUAUCCAGUAAUAGUGAGGCUGUGACCUCUGACUCCCCGUGCCCUCAUAUCGACCUGCCAUACCACCCGCCUAGCAGCGCGACAGCAGAAACUCAGCUCGGUGCAUCUGGGUCGCCUCACCUUCAACCCAACCCGCAGACUUCCUCGCUCCAUGGUGAAGCGAGCCACGCUGCAUUUCGGCCCCGGAUGCUUCAGGAGCCCUUUCCAUCGAGCCCUCGCCUCUCUCCCUCGUCCUACACAAGCCCCAAAAGGAGGCCUGACAUUUCAGGCCUGCGAACCUUUUCUGAUGCGAGCUCAAAGUCGGGCUCGGACCCAGAGAGGAGCACUCAGUCGUCGUGCGAGAGCGAGGAGAGACUGACGGGGAGCAGAGCGGACGAGGCGGCACAAGCUCCAGAGGUUUCCCUGACAACGUACUUUAACGUGGACAACUGCAUGACGGAAACGUACCGCCUCAAGUACCACAACCAGAGACCUCUGGUCCUCUCUGCCACAGUGCCAAGGACAGCAGCUGAGAGUGAGCGCAGAGAUAACAGCCACACACUUCCCAAUGACGCACACUCACAUGACGUGCCAAAAGCCCGACCUGAAACAAGCCAUAAUAGCAAUAAACCCACUGCAAAAUGGAAGCCAGUGACAGCCAAAGGACUGGAUGAACGAGGUUUUUUAUGAGUGUUGACUUGGUAAGUCUUGUUUACAUGGACAGACAGUACGACUGGAUGCCAAAGAGUUUACAGAAUGGAAAAAUGUUCGGAUGCCCCCGACGUCUCCAGACUGGGUGGAAUUUAUUUAUGCAAGCUUGUCACAUAAAUACAACCUACUUCUAAAUGCUGUAGUGUGUUGUUUGACAGAUUAUCAACUAUCGCGUGUAUCUUUCACUGUCCCGUGGUGUUGUUAAGAAAAUGAAAUCUGUCUUCAGUUUGCACAAAGCGCUGUUUAGGUUUUAGUUAUUUUUAUGACACAUCAUGGUAGCUUCAUGUCAUUUAGUUUCAUUGGUGGAGGAGCUCUGCUAAAGUGCUAACGGCUGGACGAAGCUCGAACAACAGUGAAGGCCAAAUGUUUUCAUACCCCUGGCAUGUUUAGUUUUGAUGAUAUUUUUAAUGAAGAUGUUUGUUAGGAAAUAUGAACGAUAAUACAGUAACAAGAGGAAUAUCAAUUUGAAAAAAUAAUAAUAAUUUACCUGUUAUUACAGGCAAAUUAUUUUUUUAUGUUCCCACUACUAUUUUGACAAUUUAUUUCUGGUGUUGAACUCCAAGUCUUCCUGGCAUCAGUCUGAUCUCCAACUAAAUAUUCCCUCUCUUAUUCAAUAUGUUGAUAAAAUUAAGAGUAUUAAAUUUGUUAGGGGUUUAAAAACUCUGGUAUUAACUACUGAUCUUGUUAGUUUGCUCAUUUGCAAACAAAUGAACAGUCUCUAAUUUAUUUGGUGGUUUGAUUCCAGUGUAGAAGGACAGCAUGUCAACUCGAAAUACAUAGUUACCAACUAGUUGUUUUUCUUCUAAGGGAAGUGAAUGAUUAUUCCUUCAAUAAAUUAGAAUUAAACACUGGGUGGACAAAAGUUUGUUGCCAGUUGUAGCACUAAGGCUUACAUUUCUGUUGGCCGCAAAGUCCCCACUCAUCUCAAUGGUCAUGAAAAAAAACUCUUUAAUUUUCUUGGGAUCUUGGCUUUUUCUUGGCAAGUCAAAGAUUCAGCUCCCUCCAGAUUUUACUCUAUAACCCCAAUGUUAUUCCUCUUUAGAUACUCCUUUGUUACCAUUGCUCUAUGUUUUGAGUUAUGUUUUGUGGACAGCACCGCGGCUCCAUUAUUAGCACUGUUGUCUUGCAGCAAGAGUCUGGGGAUUGCAUGGAGUUUGCAUGCAUCUCAUUGCACGCUCUCUGGGUAACUUGGUUUCCACCCAAAGUCCAGUGAAAAGCAUGGCAAGUGAAUUGGUCUCCCCCGCCCCAUUGCUCUUAGGUGUUUGUGCAUGGUUGUUUGUCCUGUCUGUGUUUCCUGAUGAUCGACUGGUGACCUGCCCAGUGCGUCUCACAAACAUUGACUCCCACCCCCUGCAAUCUAGCAAAGAUUUCAUAGGAAUAAAAGAAUGGAAUUUCUUUAUAAAGACACCCUCCACUCGGUCAUGUCAUCAUUUCUAAGUCUAUGCAACUAAAUGCUUCUUGAUGAUGGCCUUGAAGCUCAUUCCUGCCUUUGUCAGAUCUACUGUUUUCCUGAUGUCCUUUGAGAGCUGUUUGUCCUGUUCCUGGCGAAGGACAGGUUGGUAUGGAACAACCUGAUUCUACAGUCAGGUGUCCUUGAUACACGCAAAACAUUUAAAUUGGGAUUACUGAUAACUGUCAUUGGUUAACUGAUGGAUUUCUGUCAAAUGACCCCACGACCCAGAAUUCUGCCCUGCAUCCUUUUUUGGAUCAAAUACUUAUUUCACCCAGUGAUGUGCCAAUCAUUAAUAACAUCUAUAUAAAGGUUUUGGCUAAUAUUCUGUCUCCACAUUAUAAUAAAACUGCAGUUAAAUUAAAGACUGUUCAUUUAUUUGUCAACAGACUGAAAUGAUCAGAAGUGGAUCGCUGUCUAAAGGUGAAGUUAGAGAUUAUCAACAGAUGAUGCCGAAAUCUGCACAAAUAUUCUGCAAAGAGGGACAAAUCUGUGUAUUAAGCAUUUUAUCCAAUUGUCACGUUUUUUCUGUAGAAUAAAUCCUGGUUUAACUCAGCUGUCAACAUAAUAUAGCUGACAAUUGUUUUUGUGUCAGAAUCUGGGCAGCUCACUAACUUUAUGCACACUGGGAAUUUUUUUCACUGUCACCAGAUAACAUAUGCUGCAAUAGUCACUCAUUGUAAGUUACUGAUUUGUUAUCAUUUAUCUGAUCUUUUGCAACAUUUAUAUGUUAAUGAAUGACUGUUGGCUGCCCCAACGCAGACGGCCUCCACUGCUGUAAGAAUUUACCAGAGAAGGUUCUGGUUUGGUCUUCAUCUUUAUAUAAAUAGUAAUGCAAAAACACUUUUGGUUCAUUAAAGUGUAAUUUUGCAUGACUGCCUUCAGUUUGUGGUGAUCCAUAAAGUCAUGUUAGCUUAAGAAUCUGGAGUUCAGUAGCAGGGGCAGCCCUCAGGCUAUUCACUACAACUUUUAUUUUGUCAUGCUGGUUCUUCUAAUCCAUUUUUCUGUAUUUUAUUUUGUCUUCCUCCUUAAAGAAAUCCAAACAGAUCUAUAUUUGUAGGUAUUUUCAUAAUGUACCGGACACAUCUGACAUCAUUACUAACUACACGGCUCAACACACUGGUAUUCCUAUUCAUAACAGUGAUGUUGUGAAACCUGCAUGUGGCCUUUAUAAAACAUACUAGCUGUAUGUGCAGCAUGAGCAUGAAAAUGCUGGAUUCUUGAGUCCUCUUAGCAUUAUAAGGGAUUCUAUCUAAUUGUAAGGAAUCAAUUUAUUAAAUAGCAGUUUGUAACCGUUACUGAUCUGGGAAGUUGAAUGUUUUUUUUUGGUUGUUGUUUUUUUCUUUUCUUUUAUUGCUCGUACAACAAUACACUCUGUUGUUUAUGCAUUUGAAAACAGUUUGCUGGAAACCUAACUGACCAGGACAAUAUGCAUUCACCAAAAAUUAUUUUCAAAUGAGUCUCAAUGCACAUGUGGGUGUUUUACGUCAGUGUAAUGUGUUCAUUCUCAACAUUUCCAAGAACAUAUAAAAAAAUCUAUGUUGUUCUACUUCCAGAUAAAAAUGUCUAUACAUGCAUAUCUUUUAUGCUCAUCAUAGUGUCUGGUCUGUUCCUACACAUUGUGUCAUUUAUGUUUUCCUUUAUUUGCUUUUAUCUGUUCUUGGUGACCUUUGUUCAGGUUAUUCGACCCAUGAGCUGCUAGAUCCUAAUUCUUUUUAAUUGAUUUACUGAACAAAGAAAUGAUUGUUUAUCGGACAAGAUCAAACUAAACCCAGAUAGUUGUCAGAGUACAUAGAAGUUUUUUUCUUUUUUGCAUCUCUUAUUUUUUCCUUGUUCUGCUUUACAUUCUGAAUGUUCCGUCUUUUGUUUUAUCAGCUGUGCCUUGACAUCUUCAGUGCAAUAUGUCUGUUUUCCUUGUCUCUGUUCAAAUAAACCAUUUUUAGGAAAUAACACAGAUAAAUGAACAGACACAUUUCAAUCUAUGGUGUGUUGCAAAACUAUUUCUUCUCUUUUAGCCUUUUGCAAAUUUUGUUGCAUUACAACCAGAAGCUCAAAUGUACCUUAAUGCCAUUAUAGCUGCAAUUAUCUUGGGGAAAGUCUUCAAAGGAUUUACACUUCUCCAUGUAGGUUGUUCAAGUUUAGAGUAAAGUAGAAAACAUAUAAACUGAUUUUUAAAUCUACCCACAGAUCCUUAAUAGCUUCAAGUUUUGAUCUUUUGUAAAGAUUAUUAUCUUGGAUUGUAAAGUUUGCUGAUCCAUGUUGCUGCAAGUUGUUCAAAAUCAGGAUAUUUUUUAAUUACCAAUUCUUCUUAUUCACAACUUUCUCAAUGACCCGUCUGCUAUGUUCCUUGGUUUUCAUGAUGCUUGUUGUUCUUUAAGGCUCUCCAACAAAUCUCUGAGGCCUUCACAGAACAACAGUACUGGAUUUUAUUUAAGGUUGAAAAUCACAUUUUUGCUUUCAUGGCGACAUUUUUUUUGUCUUCUCCACAGUUGUGCACCACUUUAUGAUGGUUGGUGUCAUAAAAUCCAAAUGAAAUACAUAAAAGUUUCAGGUUGUAAUGUGACAGAAUGGAAAAGGUGUGAAGCUAACAGGCAAAUUAUAUUUUGUUGUAUGGAAACAAUUUUAAAAGCACUUUUAUUCUGGAUGGCUACAGUCAUGACUGCAAGUAGCAAAAUCACAACGUUGACAAAGUGCAGAGAAGAAAUCUGCAGCACUUACCUCAUUUCUGAGGUUGCUGCUAAAUCCUAAUGGACAAUAAAUGCAUUUUGUUUCUUACAGUUUAAUCAAGUUAUUGUAAUUGUAAGGUGCGUCUUGUAUUCAUGAUGUGUAGUCUUCAGUUAAAGACUUCACAUGGCGUUCUCCUGCUGAGUCCCAUAAAGCCCGAACUAGUCCAAGAUUGUUUGAGAACCUAAGCAGGAUUUGAUUAUCAAGCCAGAAUUCACCCCAUUAUAUUUCUUUAACUCGAUGGGAUACAGAAAUUGUGGAGACGAGAUUAUUUAUCCCACUAAUCGACUCUGUCAAGUCUGGAGCAGAAAGUUUCAGUGGUUUCUAAUGAUUAGUUACGUUUCACAUGAAACAUGAUUCCUAUGACAAUUUAGUGUGACUAUGAAUAAUGAUCAUUUUCUGCUGCAUACAUAAUAAUUUAAUUUGCUGUUUUUUUCCGAUGUAUAAAAAUUACAUUAAAAUUUGAUACCCACAAACCUAUGAAAUAAGAUUAUUUUGAAGUAGGCUCUUUAUUGACAAAUGUAGCUAAAAAUGCUAGAUUUAUAGCUACAUUUACAGUUUGUGUGGGAAGUCAAGUCCUGCAGAGGAAACCUGGGGAGCUCUCCUUGUAUUGAUGCAUGGUGUUACUGUAAAACAUAUCUUUUAUCCGGUGUUUUAAACACACUGAGACAUAAUCUGAUUACCUUGUUUAGCAUCAACAUCAACAAUCGAGGGCUAAAUAGGACAUUUUCCACAUUAUGUGACUGCUCUUAUCCGAUCCUAUCCAGGCUCACUGGUGAUAGUCAUCAGAUCACUGGAUCUCCCUUCACGCCUCUGUGUGGUCUUCUCCAUUAACUUGUUGAUAAUCCACUGCAUGCUUUCUGACAUGUCCAGGUGCAGCUUAAUUUGAAAAAUGCUAUUGUUAAAUCUGUCUACACUUUCUACUUUUGGAGAUAAUAUAUCUUUAUUUUUACUUAUUGUUGAAUAAAGUUUUAAUUACCGCACCACUCCUA